AUGGCAGACGUUGAAUCAGCCCGUCGCGCCAAGGGUAAAGAGAAUGCGAAACCCCGUGCCAAUGUCGCCGCUGUCUCCGAGUCUGUCGAUGACAUCACCUUUAAUGUCGGCACCAUCAAUGUGAACUCUACGCUGUUGACCGCCACCACUGGCAUCCUCGGCACGGGCUCAGAUUCUGAACCUGAGUACAUACAACCCCCACUCGCUCCCUUCACCGUCGCACACAUUCCCUGGUCAGGAAUUGUGCAUGGCCCGCGUCUCGACUCUGACCCGCUUCCAAUGCUGAUUGAUUCCAGUUCCCCUGCAGUUCUGAUUAGGUCAGAACUCAUCUCAUGUCUUGGUUUGCGUCAUUGCAAACUCCCGCAGCCUUUUCUGCUAGGAGAUGUGUGGGGUAUGGAGUCUAAGGAUUCGGUUGAGUGGGUUAAGCUCCGAGUUUCAUCUCCAGAUUUGUCUUGGUCCUCUGUCACUUGUCGCGCCAUCAUUGUAUCAUUGUGUUGUUAUCCUAUCAUUGCCGGUCGACCCUUUCUAAAGACAAACCGCCUUAUCGUCGACCACAAAUGUGAUUCCAUCACUGACAAGUCCACCGGACAUGACAUCUGCAAACUGGCACCCCUCGCCGUUUCGCCUCCACCAUCACUCGCACCUUCAAUAAUUCCAGUUGCAUUCCUCUUUCAUGAACUUGCUGAACGUACUGCUGACUGUCAAACUCACUGUGAUGAGCACACAGUGGAUGAGGCCGCCACCGCUGUACAUGCAAUUCGGAAGCACACUGAAGAACUCGCAUUCCAGAUGACUCUCGAGUCUGAGAAUCGCAAAAUCAAAGACGAAUUCAGCGAUCUCUUUCCCGACGACAUUCCACACCUCAAUGAACUUCCUACAGACAUCUACCAUCAUUUUGUCCUCAAGGACCCCAGUAUGUUCAUCCAGCACUCUGACCCCACAGCCCUUCUCCGUUGGGUUAAUGACUAUCGUGCACUCAACGCAAACACUGUCCCGGACAUGCACCCCCUCCCUCUCAUCAGUGAUAUCCUCGCUGACUGCGCCAAGGGUAAGAUCUGGGGUAAGAUCGACAUGACCAACUCCUUCUUCCAGACCCAUGUUCAUCCCGAUGAUAUUGCUGGAAUGCGCCCUCUAUGCACCAAUGACGGAUGUUUGACUCUCGAGGAACACAUUCAUAAUAUGUGCACAGUCCUUGAGGCACUUCGUGCACACCACCUUUACUGCUCCGAUAAGAAGACCUCACUUUUCCUCACGGAGCUCUCCUUUCUAGGUCACAUCAUAUCACAGGAUGGCAUACAGCCCGACCCUCAGAAAGUCGAGAAAAUCCUGAACUGGUCCAUGCCGCACAGCACGUCCCAAGUUCGGGCCUUUCUCGGGCUCGUCUGCUACAUAGCACUGUUCCUCCCCAAACUCACUGACUUCACGCACCUUCUCAACCCUCUUACUACUAAGGAUGCCGAGCUCAAUUUUCCGACGUGGAUGGAUAGCCGCCAAGCAGCCUUCGACAGUAUUAAGAUGCUUGUCUGUAGUCGCGAAGUUCUCACCUCCAUUGAUCACGAUAACAUGGGUAACAACAAAAUCUUUGUAUCUUGCGAUGCCAGCGACUUCUGCACAGGUGCGCUUCUUUCGUACAGUGAAUCAUUGGAGACCGCUCACCCAGUAGCCUUCGAGAGCUGCACCCUCAAAGGUGCAGAGCUUAACUACCCAGUGCAUGAGAAAGAACUUCUCGUGAUUGUGCAUGCACUUAAAAAGUGGUGUGUCAACUUGCUUGGUGUUCCCUUUACCAUCUACACUGAUCACCGUACUCUGGAGAAUUUCUUCCACCAAAAGGAACUCUCCAGGAGACAAGCCCACUGGCAAGAAUUCCUCGUACAGUACGACUUUGACAUCAGAAAUAUCAAAGGCGAGGAAAACAUCACUGCGGACAUCCUCUCAUGCAUACCUGCUGACACCAUCAUUAUCGACCCUUCUGCAUGUGUCGCUGUCUCACUCAUACACAUUGCAACACGAUCGCUCUGCGACAUUCCGGAAUCUAUUGCAGUGUUCGCCUCCGCUGCCAGCCGAUUAUCAAUUGCUGCAGAUCCUGUUUACGCUCCACAUCUGGAUCCCUCGGUGUUCGUGAACAGGAUGGACUCCUUUACAUUGGCAACAGGCUUGUCAUUCCCCCAAGUACCCAAGCUGUGUGAGGCCAUCUUCUGCCUUGCGCAUGACUCACUUGGUCACUUUGGCUUCGACAAGUCUUACGCAGCAAUUCGCGACACCUACUACUGGCCUAACAUGCACACCGAACUCGAACACAUGUAUGUUCCGGUGUCAUUGGCGGAUGAUGCCUUGAAUGAGGCCACACGUGCCGCUGAGCUUUUCACGCACCUCGAUAUGGACGUCAUGGAAGCUCAAGACAAUCUCUUCCUCGCGAAGGUUAACCAGGCGGCACUGGCUAACCACUUGCACAGUGAAGAGAUUUCCUAUGUGGUUGGAGAUAAAGUGAUGCUUUCCACCUUCCACCGCCACUGUGACUACAUGCAGCAUGGCGACAACCGAGUAGCUAAAUUCAUGGUUCAUUAUGACGGCCCAUACAGCAUCCUCCACUCCUACCCUGAAUUUUCUGCAUACACCCUUGAUCUCCCCACAUCCACCAACAUCUUCCCCACUUUCCAUUCCUCGCUCCUCAAGCCUUGGCUCGAAAAUGACCCGGAGCUUUUCCCUUCACACCAAUGCAGCCAGCCGGGCCCUAUUAUCACCACUGAUGGCGUUGAGGAAUGGGAAGUCGAAUCUAUUGUUGACCACCGUCCUCGAGGUCACGGCUUCCAAUACCUUGUGCGCUUCCGCGGAUAUGGUCCAGAGCAUGAUGUGUGGUUACCCCGCUGA